UCAGUCACAUUUGAAAUUCAACCUGAAGUGCAACAUGACAUCCAAAAGCGGACCUCAGCUUUUAACGGUGGAAGAGUGUUUAGAAAUUAUAAAAAAUGAUUUAAAGCACAAAGAUACCAGCAAUAUAAAACUACAAACAUAUACGAUUAAAAAGUGUUCAGCAGAUUUGGUGGGGUUUAUGGGGGAGUAUUAUAAAUUGGAAGUGGAAGCUAAAAACGAGAUUGCCCAGGAAACUAUAAAACUUAGUUAUUUUCUGAAAUCUCUGCCGUUGGACAAUGAACUCUAUCGGGAUGAAUGUGAACGUAAAGGUUUCUUUACAAAAGAAUCUGAAAUUUAUCGAAAUAUUCUACCCCAUAUACAAAAGUAUACCCAGAGGCCUUUAUAUCCACAGGCCUAUUUGACACGUCGAGAUUUAUUAGUUUUAGAGGACUUUUCUAGAAGCGAAAAACGUCUCAAACAAAUGCAACCCCAUGAAAUUUAUACUUUAAAACAUUAUCAAUUAUAUUUACAACAUUUAGCGGAACUACAUAGCGCCAGUUUGGCUUGGGAAUUUAAGGAAAAAAUUAAUAUUGGUCAGCAAUUUGAAAAAACCCUAUAUGAGCUACAGCUGAUCAAUACCAAUGAGUGGUAUAUAACCGGCAUAAAGGCCAUUUUAUUUCUAGCUCAACAGCAUCCCAAAUUUCAGUAUGAAAAAGCUUUAGAAUUCAUUAAUCAUAAACUUUACAGUAUUCUCCUUAAUAUGGAAGAUUUUACUAAACCCUCUCAUACACUACGAAAUGUUUUGUGUCAUCGUGAUUCUUGGGAUCGUAACAUCUUCUGGGAACUAGAUGAGCACAAUCAACCUAUAGCUUGCCGUAUGGUGGACUUUCAGCUAACACGCUACAGUCCACCCGCUAUAGAUGUAUUAUACUUUCUUUAUAACAAUUUUGAAAGCCCCCAACAACGAUCGAAAUUAUUAAAAGAUCUUUUAAGUUACUAUUAUCAAGCUUUAAGGGAAGCUUCCAAACGCAUGGAUUUACCGGAAGAUUUAAUAACUGAAGCAGAAUUUAAUCAAGAUUGUCAACGUGCUUUAUUACCGGUCUUAACUUUACGAGCAAUUUGUGAACCUUUAAUGAAAUUACCAAAAGGUUUCUCACAAACGAUGCGUGAUAUAGAACCGGAAACAUUUGAUUGUUAUAUGAAUUCGGAUCGUACGGAAAUGUUUAGUCGGGUAUCUGCUAUAGAUUCAAGUUAUAUGGAUAAAGUUUUAUUGCCUGUACAGGAACUGCUGGAAUAUUUUGAUUUGCUGCCAAAAUAAAGAGUAAUAAAUUACGGCUAUGCCGUAUCCAUAAUACCCUUCA